AUGCCAGGCAGACGGAGCCGACGCAAAACGCCUACGCCUCCACCGGCUCCCUCUGAAUCAAACCCGGCCUCGUCUCCAUCAUCUUCCUCCUUAUCUCCCGUCCGCUCGGUCGCAUCUCUCGACUUUGGGAACGAGGACGGGACACCUGUCACUCCCCUCGACGUCACACUGGGCGAGGAUGACCUCGGCGAGAUCUCCAUCGACGCGGACGAAGUGCCGGACGACGAGGCGCUCACCGCGACGCAGGAGGGCGGCGAUGAGGCCGAGGAAGUAGACGGCGAGGACGGCGACGAGGAAAUCGAGGCCAACGUUGAGGUCGAGGCCGAAGCCGAAGCCGAAGUGGACGAGGAGGAGGAAGAAGAGGAGGAAGAUGAAGAGGAGGAAGAGGACGAUGAGGAGGGAGAUGAGGAGGAGGACGAAGACGAGGAAGAGGGCGGGGACGACGACGAGGAAGAGGACGAGGAUGAAGAAGAAGAGGAAGAGGACGACGACGAGGAAGAUGGGGAUGAGGAGAGUGCGAAACCCGACGAGUCUGUCGCACCGCUGCCUGGCGCCGGCCAGACAUUCCGAUACCCCCCGGCGGUGGAGGAUAUUACGACAGUGUCCGAGCGUCAACGCGCCUUCAAAGUCGCACGGUUUGUCGCGUGCUCCAUUGACGGCUGCGACUGCUCGGGUCUCGAGCCUCCAUCAGGAAGCAAGGUGGUUCUGGACAUUGCCUCCAACGACGUCGACAUGGAAGCCAAUGGCGGUGAAGGAGGCGCCGAUGCCGACCUGCGUACCGACGAGGGCUGGUGGCGAGCGUGCGGCAAGUGCACGCACACUUGGGACGGUGACGAGGGCCACGUGUUUGGAAGCGACGUGCCCGACGUGGAGAAGAGACGGCGGGAAAAGGUCGUUGGGCGGAUCGAAGAGCUGCUGCAGGACGAAGACCUUUUGACCACUUUCCCUACCCCACACCCAGAGUCGACAGAGUCACUCUUCAGACAAUUGACUCAGUUCGUCCGACCAUCCGGCAAGCGUCCAGCUGCACCUCUGCCUAGCGCAUACGACAUGACUGAGAACGGCACCCCCUUUGACGACGAGGCUGGAGAAGACGAGGAAGGCCGCCCCCGCAAGCGAUCACGCACGACCGCCGAGCCAGACGAGGACAAGGCGGGCGAGGACGCGGCAGCCGAGGGCGAUGGCGCUGCCGCAGCAGCAAACGGCACGGGGGAGAAGCAUUCUGGCAAGGGACCCGCCAAGAAGAAGUCGGGUGGCGGUGGCGCCCGAUCUGGCAAGACAAGCGGCAAGACGGCCAAGCCUCGCACCCUGGGGACGGCGCCGGCGGGCGCAGCAGCGGCCGAAGGCGAUGAUGACGAGGACGAGGACGACACACCACUUGCUGUGCAGCGCCGACCCGAACUCGACGACCGGGAACGCCGACGACGCGCCGAGAUCAAGGAGAAGGAGCGGCAACGCGAGGAGAAGAUCCAGCGCGGAAUCGACGGCGAGACGGACGAACAGGUCGUCAUGUGGAACAACAUCGAGUUACCUCAGCUACCGCUCCGCCCAGCCAUGAUUGAGCAGCAAGCCUCGGAGAUUACGCUACCGGUCGUCUCGUCGCGCAACCCGACACCUGUGGCCACUGUUCUGCUCAUCGGCCUCAAGAACCUGUUCCAGAAGCAGCUGCCCAAGAUGCCUCGCGAGUACAUUACGCGUCUGGUGCUCGACAAGAACCACAUCUCGAUGCCGAUCGUGAAGCGUGGAUGGAAGGUCGUGGGCGGGAUUUGCUACCGACCGUUCGAAAGCCGCGGCUUUGCCGAGAUUGUCUUCUGCGCCGUCGACUCGUCGGAGCAGGUCAAGGGUUACGGCUCGCACCUGAUGAACGCCCUCAAGGAUCACGUGCGUAAAGCACACCCUACGAUCAACCACUUCCUCACGUACGCCGACAACUAUGCUGUCGGCUACUUCAAGAAGCAAGGGUUCACCAAGGAAAUCAACUACCCCCGUGAGCGGUGGGUGGGCUACAUCAAGGACUAUGAGGGUGGCACGAUUAUGCAGUGCUCGAUGCUGCCCAUGGUCAAGUACGCCGAGGUGCACCAGAUGCUGGCGGACCAGAAGGCGGCAAUUUUAGCCAAGAUCCGAACCAUCUCCCAGUCACAUGUCGUGCGAUCUGGGUUGGACGUCUUCAAGAAUAGGAAACCAGGGCAGGAGAUCCGCCUGAGCAAAGAAGACAUCCCUGGGCUUGCGGAGAGUGGCUGGAGCCCCGACCUCGAUGAAAUACUACGCCAACCGAAGCGAAGCCCACACCAUGCUUUGUUGCAGCAAGUUCUCAACGACCUGCAGAACGACCCCUCUGCAUGGCCGUUCGUCAAGCCUGUUGACAGCAACGUCGUGACCGACUACUACUCUGUCAUCAAGAGCCCCAUGGAUCUGUCUACGAUGGAGUACAAGCUUGACAACAACCACUACAUAUCGAUCGACGACUUCGAGACCGACGCGAGGCUUAUUUUUGCCAACUGUCGCCAGUACAAUGGGGAAAAGAACCAAUACGCCAACCUGGCCAACAAGUUGGAGCGAUCGCUUGACCGCAUUCUCAAGAGACGGCAAGCCAUGGCGUAGGGGCGAUGGGCAACACAACAAACUGUCACCGCGUGAGGUGAUUUGGAAGAGUGGGUGGCGGAGGAGGCCCAGGGGAAAGGGUUGGGUCUGGACUCGAGUCUGUGACGUCAGGUUCCGGUUGUUCCUUGUUUUGCGGAGUAACCCCCCCGAGCGAACUCGAGCUCGACGUCAUGGCGGCCCGUACCACAGACCACUUGUAGUCGCAUGUAUCGACCCAGGCACGUUUAUCCCCAG